AUUAUAAAACCAAUUUAGUUCUUUUGGAGAAGAAAUGGGUCAGGGAAAAGGCAAUGCCAUGGCAAUCACACUCUUGCUCUGCCUCUCUCUCCUCCAAUCUCACAUGGCUCAGGCUGCAGUCUACUUUGUUGGAGGUUCCAAAGGAUGGACCUUCAAUGUCGCACCCUGGACUAAGGGAAAGAGAUUCCGUGCUGGCGAUGUACUCGUGUUCAACUAUUCUAAGAUGGCACACAAUGUGGUGGCAUUGAACAACAAAGUGGGCUACAAUUGGUGCCAAAAGACAAAGGGGUCAAAGGUUUACCAAACAGGAAGGGACAGAAUCAAGCUUGUCAAAGGAUACAACUUCUUCUUCUGCGGCUUCCCUGGCCACUGCAAGGCUGGCUUGAAGAUCGCCAUUUAUGCUUUUUAACACAACUCAUAAAUAAUCAACAUUAAUUAUGAUAAUUUAAUCAUCAUCAUCAUCUGUUUUGUUUUUUCUUUUCUUUUUAAAUUUAUGUACUUGGGAAAGCAAAGCUUGCAUUUUUGCUACCUGGUCGGCGACAGAUGUGGCUGCUUCUGUGGAAGGAGUUGAAGCUAUGGUUUUAUAUUAAGAAUAAGGGGAAAAAAAAAAGAGAUUAAAUAAUUGAAUUUGUUGUGGUUUUAUUUUUA